AUGGUUUUACCGAACGCCUGGAGACGCUGCAUUUUGCUCGUUUUGCUGCCGGGGAUCCUGGCCCAGGGCUGCCGAGUUCAGCAGGAAGGUAUUAAUCAAGACGCUCAAAGAGUGCUGAAUGAAAUGGGAGGACCACUUACCCGGCAGUGCUCACUUGAAAAGCCGUCACUGGGAGCCAAGACACUGAACUUGUCCAAGCUCGUGGAAAGGGGCCAGGAAAGGAUCAGUGUUGUGUAUCAGACGGUGCGUCAGAUCAGCAAGAUCUACAGCAUGAACCUCGGCUCCGUCACAUGGCCCCAGGACAAGUUGGAAAGCCUCAGGGUUCUCCUGGACGGGCAGCUCAGAGAGCUGCAAACAUGUGGGCGGAAACCCGGCUCGGGGUCCCGGCCAAGGAAGAGCGCCGCAAUUAAAAAAUACUUCAGGGAACUCAGCAAGUUUCUUAAACGGAAGGGAUUCAGUGCCUGCGCCUGGGAAAUAACCCGCGCUGAGACCAGGGCGUAUUUUCAACAGUUCCCUCGCAUAAUGGCAGAAAUCAGCGAGUGA